AUGCAGGCCGAUCUUAAUCCCGCGGGGGUUGCACGCGAUGGCGAGCAGCUCGGCGGCCGCGGAUUCAGCUCGUGGUGGCUGCACGACCCCACGUUCGUGGACGUGCGCCCCACGCCGCCACCCCGACGACGACGAGGCGCUGUGCUGCCUGGAUGGUGGGUGGCGCUGCCGCACAGCCAGGGUGACGAUGACGACGACCCGCAAGGUGCGGCCCAAGGGGUGUCGGCGCAGUUCGGAGGGGCAGCGGCGGGGUAUGAAUUGGCGCACGGGCUACCAGAGUGGUGGAUUCACGACGGCGACGAGGACGCCGCUGCAGAUUCCAGCGGUAGGGACGACGGUGACGCCGUGGAAUGCGGCGUGUGCGAAGAGAGCGGUAGGUUGGACGAGGGAUCAGGGGAGUUCGUGGAGUGGGAGGCGAGGGCGGGCGGCGGUGCACGCGCGGUGGAUGAUCUGGAGCGACGGGCGGACGGAAGAGGAGCCAUGGUGGUCGAGGAGGCGGAGCAAGAGAACGGCAGCAACGCGGUGGUGGCUUGCGGUGAGGCAAGGGAUGCGGCGGCGUUCCCGUCGUGGCACGAUAAGGGCAGCGCUGGCGGGGAUGGCGGGGAGGCAAGGCACGCAGGGGGAUGGGCGCAGCAGUUCCAGCAGCAGGACGUGGUGAUGGCGCGCGGCGAUCGUGAGGUGCCCUGCGCGCGGCUCUCGGACAUGCACGCGCGCGCGCUGGACUCCGCGCAGGAGCAGUGGGGCGGAGGAACGUCGAGGGGAUGGCGGGGGGUGGAACAUGGGGUAGGGGCAGGGAUGGAGAUGAGGCAGGAGCAGGAGACGGGGAGAGAGCAGGAAUUAGGUGUAGCGCUGGAUGCGGCGAGGGACAGGCAGGGGAUGCGUACUAUGGGGGGUGAAGGAGGAGGGCACUGGUGGAAGCGGCAACGGCAGCAGGGGCAGGCGAGUGGCGUGGAAGAUGAGCUUGCGCUGGGCAACCAGCGGUGGCAGCAGCAGCAGCAGCAGCAGCAGGAGGAGGAGGACGCAGAGAGAGAGCAGCGGCAGCAGCAGGCGAGGCGAUUGAGCGAGCAGAGGGGAAGGCUGAGAAACUGCGUGCUGGAAGAGCCGCAGGCAGAGCGGCAGGGCGGUGAGGAGGGCGGCGCAAUGCACAAUGGGGGCAGUAACAACGUGCUGCUGCCGUCGUGGUGGGUGUCCAUGCCACCGCACCAAGACGAUUCCACUGAAUCCUACUCUUUUGCUCGUGCCACUGUCGUCAGCACCUCCUCAUCAGCUGCCGCCCCACCAUUGGUUGCCUUGCUCUGGAACAGCCCUAGCAGAAUCCGCGCCGUUCUCUGUGUUGGGCAGGGGCAGGCGGUUAUACUGCAGUUGAGGCACAACUAG